AUGUUUCUGGGUGACAAGCUUUUUGGAUUUGUCCUCAUAUCUGAAAUUUUCCUUGGGUUAAUAGGGAACUUAUUGGUCUUCAUAUUAUAUAUGUUCACCUUCUUAAUUAAUCCUCAUCUGAAAAAGCCCAUAGAUCUGAUUUUCACACAUCUGACACUGGUCAAUGUUUUGACCAUCAUGUUCAGGUUGCUACCGGAUAUCAUGUCCUCCUUUGGAUUAAGACAGUUUUUGGACAAUGUUGGUUGCAAAAUAUUUUUGUAUGCAUACAGAGUUACCCGGGGCCUUUCCAUCUGUACUACCUCUCUGCUGAGUGUAUUUCAGGCCAUCACUAUCAGUCCCAGUAAUUCUCAGUGGGAAUGGGUAAAAUCUAAACUUUCUAAGUGGAUUUUUCCCUUGUUCCUAUUCUUCUGGAUCAUUAACAUGCUCACUUACAUCCCCAUAAUUGAAACUGUAAGAGCCAAUAGGAAUUUCACUGCUGUUGGUUCUGUGUUUUCUCAAGCAUACUGUCAUGUUAAUCACUAUGGAUAUGUCAUUACAGCAUCAUUUCUAUGUAUGACAUUGACUCGAGAUCUUCUGUUCGUGGUUCUCAUGAUCUGGAGCAGCCUGUACAUGGUGAACCUCCUCUACAGACACCGCCAAAGAACCCACCAUGUCCACAGCCUAUGUCACUCUUCCCAGUUAUCUCCUGAACACAAAGCCACUCACAGCAUCCUUUUGCUGGUAAGUUGCUUUGUGUUCUUUUAUGGUUCAAACAACAUCAUCAUGUUUUGUUUGUUUUUUAGACCCAAGAAAAUCCCAGGACUGGACAGGAUCAAUGGAGUUUUAUCAUCAUGGUAUCCAGCCAUCUGUCCUUUUAUCUUAAUGAAAAAUAAGAAAAUUAUCUCC